UUCCGCCUUGGCUAUGGAGAACCAGGCAGCCGAGCAGCACAGCUAUGAGGACGUCCAAAAAAGCGGCUAUCUCCGCAAACAUAAAUCAAUGCACCGGCGCUUCUUCGUGCUGAGGGCGGCCUCGGAGCGUGGUCCCGCGCGCUUGGAGUACUAUGAAAACGAGAAGAAAUUCCGCAGUAAAUCACCAGUGCCCAAAAAAGUGCUCAGUCUGGAGACUUGCUUUAACAUCAACAAGCGGGCAGAUUCCAAAAACAAACACAUGAUAGUGCUUUACACCCGCAGUGAGAGCUUUGCCAUAGCGGCGGACAGCGAGGAGAUCCAAAACGAGUGGUACCAAGCGAUGCUGGACCUUCAGUGCAACUGUAAGAUUCACAGCUGGGAUGUGGUCGGACUGGAUGGUUUUGCACGAGGCCUGACCUGCUCCAGCAAAACUCCAGAUGACUAUGGCAGUAGUGGUGAAUGCAGCUCACCAUCUCCGAUCCCAACCUUUAAAGAAGUAUGGCAGGUUAAGGUGUGGCCCAAAGGUCUUGGACAUGCCCGAAACCUGGUGGGCAUCUACCGGCUGUGCCUCACCGACAAAACGGUCAACUUUGUCAAACUCAAUUCAGAUGUGGCUUCUGUGGUGCUGCAGCUAAUGAACGUGCGCCGCUGCGGUCACUCAGAGAACUUCUUCUUUAUAGAAGUGGGCCGCUCCGCCAUCACUGGUCCAGGGGAGUUCUGGAUGCAGGUGGACGACUCUGUGGUGGCUCAGAAUAUGCAUGAGACCUUGCUGGAAGCCAUGAAGGCCUUAAGUGAAGAAUUUCGCCAGCGCAGUAAGUCACAGUCUGUGGGGACAUCAUGUGGGACUGCCUCUAACCCCAUCAGUGUUCCCAGCCGUCGCCAUCACCCAAACCUUCCCCCCAGCCAGGUGGGUUUCUCCAGGCGUGCCCGCACUGAGACACCAGGUAGCAGCACAAGCACUUCACCCACAUCUCGCUAUGGCUUCCCUAGAGCCAGGACAGCCAGCAUUGGGGCACGCUCAGAAGAGAGUGGAACAAGUGGCAAAGGAACAUGGGCCAGCUCAAGCCCAAGCCUUAAUGGAUCUUGUUCAACUACACCCACAUUGAGGCCCAAACCCACCCGGGCACCCACUCCUGCUAAAAUCACCCUUAGCCUCGCAAGGUACACCCCUAACCCAGCGCCCUCCCCUGCCCCCAGCUUGUCCUCCAGCUCCGGCCAUGGCUCUGAGUGUGGACUGGUGGGGGCAGCGGUGGGAGGCAUGACAAUCUGUUCUUACCCUCGGGUCUCUCAGAGAGUGUCUAUUUCAGGCUCCCCCAGUGAUUACGGCUCCUCUGAUGAGUAUGGCUCAAGUCCUGGGGAGCACUCUUUGCUUGUCCCAAGUUUGUCUGGGCAUCAUGGCGAGGGAAUGUCCAGCUACAUUGUCAUGGGGCACUCCCAUCAUCGCUCCAAAGGCCGUAGGAUUCUGCGGCGAUCUUCAAGUAGAGAAUGUGAGGCAGAGCACAGACUACUAAGUAAAAGAUCUUCUUUACCUUUAGCGUCUCAUGAACGGCUCACUCCACACCGCAAAGAGGAGGAAGAUGAGGAUGAGGAGUACACAUUCAUGUCUCAGUGUGCAGACAGGGGGGCUACAGGGGAGAGUAAGAAAAGGGGAGAGAAAAGCCAGGGAGCUGUGGCUGGAGCCUUGGAUAGUGGCUACAUGUCAAUGCUGCCUGGUGUCUCAACUCCUCCAGUGUCUCUGUCUCUCGGUAUGGGCAUAUCUGAUAAAGGAGGGGACGAAUACAUGGCAAUGACACCCAACAACAGUGUGUCUCCCCCUCGCCACAUGCGACAGCCCAACACAGAGGGCUACAUGCUCAUGUCUCCCAACAGCAGUAGCUCCACAGAUCUGCCUGGGCUGAGCAUGUGGGAGGGUAGGGACAACACGGAGAGUCGGACACAGACCAACUAUAUGAACGUGUCUCCUGUUAGCAGCCGCUCUGCCUGCAACACCCCCCCCUCUCAUCCCGAGCAAAACCAAAUGCAGCCAAAAAUGUUCAAUUCUUAUUUCUCUCUUCCAAGAGCCUAUCAACAUACUCUUUGUACUCGCUUUGAGGAUGACUAGCAAGAGGGGGAGAAAAAGGACAGCAGUGUUGAUCACACUAGUAGAAAAGGUGCCAUGGUGUUUAGUAAAAGGAACAAAAUGACAGUGGGCCCAGCAGGAGGCUGCCAACUCUCUAUGUCUUCCUCCUCCUUCUCCUCCAGUUCAGCCAGCAGUGAGAGUCUGGAGGACAAGUCCUUAUCAGCAGGGCGAGGGCUGAGUCUUUUAAGGACAGGUGUAGAGUACAAAAGUGCUGGAACAAGCACGAAGGAUGGACAUCACCCAAAACGUGGCUCAAGUAAGAGCCCAAAGCAGCAAAGAAGGAGUCGUCCUCUGAGUGGAUCGGACUUGUUUAAAGCAAACACCCUGCCUCGCGUCAAAGAGAACCUGCCUCCGAAAAUGUCAAAGGGCGUGGGGGAAUAUGUGAGCAUUGUGUUUACAGAAGACAAGUACAGUGUACAUCAUGAAGGCACACAUCAUGGACACUCUGUCAUACACGGCACCCUGCGUCCUGUGAACCAGCCCCUUCUUUGUCAUAAUAACAUGGCCAACCUUCCCCGCAGUUUCUCAGCUCCUCUUUCUGUCCCUGCAGAAUAUGUUAGCAUGGACCUGGGGAAGUCCUCCACAAACACUAUUCCUGUCAGGUCCACUUUCAACACCCCCCAAGGCUCUCCAUCUACGACCCCAAAAGUCAAACACACUACGCCUUCUCCUCUGGCCGCUGAGAGCAACCUUGGGUACAGGCCAGGGAUGCCCUCAGUGGAGGCGUCCAGUUUGAGCUUUUCUCCCGUGAAAUCUGUGAAGUCUCCGGAGCGGGGCAGUCGGUUGGUUCGUGGCGACACACAGGGACGUUGUAGCCACCAUGCAGACAAGUUUAACUCUCCUCCAUCACACCCGUCUCCAUCUUCUGCCUCCCAUUUUCCAGAGGGCAGCCAGCCACCCAGCCAUCGACACCUGGACUGCUCACAAUGGGAUAGUGGCCAAGCACCUGCUGCAGCACCACAAGUCUCAAGCUCAUCUGCACAGCAAGGCCUUAACUACAUUGACCUUGACUUGGCCGUUAAAGAGAGCCCUCAGGCCGGACCCUACAACACAGGAGGCAGCAGCAUUGGCCCCAGCCUCAACGCUUAUGCCAGUAUUGAUUUCUACAAGUCCGAAGAACUGAGAGCACACCAGAGCAGUAAAAAGGAAGGUCAAGAUUGUUGACCUGCUCUUUAGUCGAAUCGGAGGAUGACAACGUGACAGCUCCAAGCAUCACAGCCCAGUCUGUUGUUGUUAACUCUACACUGGACUUACCUGUUCAACCAAAUGUGUGCCAAACAUGCAUGCAUACAGACUUUCAUAUAAGGUGAGGGAUUGUGUUUAAAUUAACUUGACAUUUGAUGACAACUGGUAACACUGACAUAUUAAAAAUGUAACAGCACUAUAGGCUCAUUCAAUCAGACCCAUACGGACUCAAUCAACCAAUCGCUUUUUUAAAGGGUUUCAGGGAAUAUUAAAACUCGUUCACCUCUGCAGUGCUCAAAAAGUUUGGAAAAAAUUAUAAACAGUUUCUUUUUUGUUCUACAGUAUUAUGUGAUAAUCCUCAUCAAAUGUCACUUUGAUUUGAAGUUAAAAAGGGAAUGCAGUCACGAUGACACUUGUCACUGUAAUUUUCUAUUAAUCUAGAAAGUGUUUGAUUACUGAAAGAUUUCUGUUAGUUACGCAAUGGAUUUUAAUAAAAACUGAAUCUUUUUUCAAGAAAUUGGACAGGUAGUUUUUAUAAUGAAGACACGUAUGGUUACAUUACAUUGGGAAAUUUCUGGAAUAUUGGAAUAUUUCUAUUCCAGUAUUUAAAAAAAAAAAAAUAAGGCAAAGUAGCAUCAUUCAUAUUCACAAAAUAUAAAAUAAAUCUAUUGCGUAGCACAGAAAACCGAAGGACAAACUGCGUCUUAAGUUUUUAUUCCUCUGCAGUAUGGACUAUAGUAGUAUUAGUUUAAUAAUCAGAACUAUUGCACAUACUGUAGUUUGCUUUCUUCUUAAUUCUACUAUAGAGAGACACAUUACAACAGUACAAUAUAUACAAUUUACAAUAUACAUACAGUAUAAUGAGUAAUACUAUAUAGCCUAGAUAUAUAUAUAUACUCUUUUAUAAAGUGCCUCAUUUUUGAUUGUAGCUGUUUUUACAGGUAAUUUUCAAAUGGGUUGAAAAAAGAAAAUUGUUGUUUCUCACCUGAGUCUAAAUUGUGAACCUUAAAAUGAACAUAAUCCUUAUACUACCAUUAUUAAACUGUAAUCAAAUUGCCUUACUAUAAAAAUCUAGUUUUGUUGAGUUGCCGUGCCUACUACUUCAGCCACAAUGUAAGCACUCUGUAGUUUUUUUGUUGGUCUUCAAAUUGAGGUUUGGUAAAAAAAAAAGAAAAAAAAAAAAGACGCAAAAAAAUAAAAAU